CAACAUUGUCAACCACUCGCAACAUGACCGACUCCAAAUUGAAGGCUGCUAUUCUCAUCGUCUCAGAGACAGCGUCCAAGGAUUCCUCCACCGACAAAUGUAUUCCUAUCCUGAAGGAGGUAUUUCAAAAUCUUGGUAACGAUCAAUGGAAUGUUGCUAGCACUGCAAUUGUGCCAGACAGCAUCAUAGACAUCCAGAAGACAAUUAAAGCUUGGUCAGACAGUGAAAACCCUAUUAACCUCAUCGUUACCAGUGGUGGUACCGGUUUCGCAGUGAAAGAUGUCACCCCAGAGGCUGUCUCAAUGCUCCUGGAUAAACAAGCCCCCGGAUUAGUGCAUGGCAUGCUCGCAUCUUCGCUGUCUGUGACGCCUUUUGCAUUAAUGGCGAGGCCGGUGGCUGGCACUCGGAAGUCAUCGCUCAUUUUGACACUUCCGGGAUCCCUAAAGGGUGCCAAAGAGAAUUUAGAGGCUGUUCUCAAGCUUCUACCUCAUGCCUGUAUCCAGGUAGCUGGGGCAGAGUCACGUCCCUUGCACACUGGAGGUGUUGAGAAGCUCGAAAAGGACGCGGGGGUUAGCUCUAAAUCUUCAGCUCAAGCAUCUCAUACUGGAGGCUGCGGCCAUAACCACCACCAUCAUCAUGGCCAUGGCCAUUCACACGGCCACGGCGGGCACGCCGUUCCAAGGGCUCAUACUCAUCCAGAUGAACGACCACAAUCCAACGACCCAAAUGCAGGACCCACACGUCGAUAUCGAAGCUCACCUUACCCGAUGAUCCCAGUAGACGAUGCGCUCAAGCUGAUUGCACAGCAUACUCCUGCCCCAAUUGUCCACAAGGUUCCUGUCAACCUGGAUAUAGGUGGGCACGUCCUAGCUGAGGAUGUCAAAGCAGAGGAAUCUGUUCCAGCCUUCAGAGCAAGUAUUGUAGAUGGCUACGCAGUGAAGAUCCCCCCAUCUGGGAAGUUUGUUAAAGGCGUUUAUCCUGUCGCGCUUAUCUCCCACGCCCAAGCUGGAGAGGUUCCGGAACUAAAGGAAGGGGAAAUUGCUCGAAUCACCACGGGCGCUCCACUCCCUCCCGGCGCGGAUGCUGUCAUCAUGGUUGAAGACACCGCCCUGAAAUCCCAGACGGAAGAUGGGAAGGAAGAGAAAGAGAUUGAGAUUCUGACUGAUGACAUCAAGUCCAGCGAGAACGUCCGUGAAGUUGGCAGUGAUGUCAAAGUGGAUGACAUUAUCAUGAAGAAGGGCGAAGGAAUCACCAUCUUCGGUGGUGAAUUCGGUUUACUCGCAUCUGUGGGCACUUCUGAGGUGUCUGUGUACAAGAAACCCAUUGUCGGUGUUUUGAGCACAGGCGACGAGAUCAUCCCGCAUGAUAGACCUGGUGCUCUAAAGCUGGGCGAAGUUCGCGAUACAAACAGGCCAACAUUGCUCACGGCUGUGAAAAGCCAUGGUUUCGAGGCAAUUGACCUCGGCAUAGCAUCAGACAAGCCCGGUUCUCUGGAGCAAACCCUUCGCGAAGCUAUGCGGAAGGUUGAUGUCAUUAUAACCUCUGGUGGUGUUUCCAUGGGCGAGCUCGAUCUACUAAAACCGACGAUCGAGCGUUCCCUGGGUGGCACAAUCCACUUCGGACGAGUAAAUAUGAAACCUGGAAAACCCGCUACGUUUGCCACAGUGCCCAUCAAAGAUGCAUCCGGAGCUCGCACCGACAAAGUCAUCUUUUCCCUCCCAGGUAACCCCGCAUCCGCAGUGGUGACGUUCCAUCUGUUCGUCCUGCCAAGUUUACACCAGGCGAGUGGAAUAUCCCCCGCUGGUUUGACAAGGGUCAAGGCUGUCCUCGAGGAGGAUAUACGUCUCGAUCGACAGAGGCCAGAGUAUCACCGUGCUAUCGUGGCUAUCAAGAACGAUGGGAUCUUGUAUGCCAGUAGCACGGGUGGUCAGCGCAGCUCACGCAUUGGGUCUUUCAAAGGGGCAAAUGCAUUGCUGUGCAUGCCCGCUGGAGAACAGAGUGCAAAGAAGGGCGACAAAGUUGAAGCACUGUUGAUGGGUAAGCUUGGAGAACUAGGGCGAGUUUGAGCAAAGAGACGUGUGCCAAUCACAGUGCAGCAAUAAACCGUUCAUGACGAAGGUCUAUGUGAGCAAUUAGUCUCGUCAUAGAAGCAAAGGCGGGCAAAGGUCGUCGAGUUACCGCAUAGCAAAACAUAAAUUCAAGCAUGCGAUAUCAUCCUUUAACUCCUGGCAACAAUUACCAUCCAUCCCCCCUUUAUCCCGCUAAUAAUAUUUUUACGCUAAAUCGACAGACA